CCUGCCUGGAAAUAUAAUAUUAGAAGCAUUUACCUGUUUCAAAAUACACACACACACACACAGAAGCAUUUACCUACAAGAAAUGCAAAGAGCCAACAAGAUAGUUUGGUGGGACCUUCAAUUUGUCAUCUCCUUCCAUGUACGGAUGCUUGAAAGAUCUUCAUGCUGUUGCUGGAAGAUUAACUUUAUCAAAGCAUCUUUAUUUCCCAAGAUCUUCCUUUUUUUUUCCAGCCUUUCCCUGAAUUGUUUUGUCACAAAUGGCUGCAAAAUCUUGCUCAUGAAAAAAGGGAAAUCCAUGACUUUUUAAAAAAUUGGAUAAGCCUCAAGCUCUCAUCUCCAACUAAGCAGAUGCUCCAAAAUAAGUUAGGCCAAGAGAAGUUCAGCAAUGUGAAAAUGACAAGGAAAUAGAGAAUAAAAGUACACAAGAUGUCAUGGCUGGUACCACUAUUGUGGUUCUGGCUCUCAAAUAUUAUGAAAUAUGAACAAUAAAUGCCAAAAAAUAAGAAGCCUUAGCCUUUUACAAAUGGUAAAUUCCAAUAUUCUAAAUGGCUAAAAAAGGAGAAGAAAUGGCUCUGAAAUUUAACCAAUCUCUCGUUUAUUCUUUCAGGGUUGUACUUCUAGCUUUGAUUUGUGCAUUAACUAUCUCACAUUUUCCAUGAGACUCCACCUUGUCAUUAUCAAAUAUCAAAUAUCAUGAAGGGUAUUUUGGAAAACUGCUUACACGUUUCCUGAAAGUUAUAUUCCUUUCUGCUGUUAUUCAAUCACAAUAGGAAAAGGAAAACCAGGGAGAGAUUCUGAUAUUCCAACUUGCACAAAAAUGAACAGCUAACCCCAUGACAUGUAAUCCCACAUCAGUAUAAAUAGACAACAAUGGGAGCUUUACACUCAUUAACAGAACAAAGAAAAAAAAAAAAAACAAGAUUUCCUUCUAAACAGAAAAACCACAUUCCCAAGAGCCAUGGAUAUGAAUGCAGUGAAAGGGUUGGUAGCUGAGAAGCCAGUAGUGAUCUUCAGCAGGAGCCAAUGCUCAAUGAGCUAUACAGUAAAGACACUUAUAUCAAGCUUUGGGGCUAAUCCUACUGUGUAUGAGCUUGAUGAGAUACCCAAUGGCCAUCAGAUUGAGACACUGCUGCUUCAACUAGGAUGCCAGCCAUGUGUACCUGCUAUUUUCAUUGGGCAGAAGUUAAUUGGUGGUGCAAGAGAGCUAAUGAGCCUGCAGGUCAGGAAUGAGCUUAUGCCAUUGCUCAUGAGUGCCAGAGCUAUAUGGGUUUGAAAGAAAAGCUGAAAUUUCAGCAAAAAAUUCUUGAGAACUUUGCUGAAAAUACAUGUCUUUUUUUUUUCUACUUCUUAUUUUCCCCUUUUUUUUUCCUUUUUUGUUGGAUGGUUUUGGGGGAUUCCACUCUAUUUUGACUUCCAAAGUUGAGAAUUGAGAGAACUUUUUACCCUCUCUUGUUCUUCAUGUACACAUGCUGACAUGUUAAAAAUAGAGGGGAUUCCUUAUGCAUUUACAAGACACCUAAUGGAUCAAAACAGCUCAUGUUGUCCUUCUCCAAAUAUGUAAUCUCCUGCACCUUAAAGACCUAACAUGUGUUAAAGUAUACAACGGAAGUGAAUGAAAAAUGAUGAUGAAAAUAA